AUGGAAUCUCAAGAUACGGCGCCCAAGCAAAGAGUGAUUCCAAGAGCUUGCCAUAACUGCCGAGCACGCAAGGUUCGAUGUAAUCGUCUCGUGCCUUGCUCCAACUGCACCAUCUCAGGGCUUGACUGUCCAAGGGGUGGCAAUCCUCGUAGCGCCCGACCGACUGAGGAUGCACAGGUCAGCAGCCUACCAAGUCAGGAUACGCUUUCCUACUUUGCGCGCUUUGAAACCAAGCUCGCAGACCUUCAGCUUGAAGUCGAUGGUCUGAAGGAACAGCUGAAAAAUCGGGGCUCUACAGACAACACGGUGCCUUCACCGCACUGCUCGAACAGUAGCAACCCAGUAGCUCGACAGCAUGAUGUCUUUGGAGAUCACACCCAGGAAGAGGGUGACUCCUCAUUUGGGCGACAGGCUUUGAAUGCCAUACAAGUCGCAGAGUUGACGUCGUCUGAAUCUUCACACUCACCUGCUGUUGCCCAACAACUGGCGAACCUUCGUGAUAUGGCCCGGGAGCAUGAAGCCUCAGGCGUGAAUAGGGAUGACUACAUCUCGGCCCCAGUACCGGCGACUGAUAAUCUCAAGAUGCGCUUGCCACCAUCAAUGUUUGUGUUGGCGAUCCUGAGGGUGCUUAGAGAACGAAAAGGUGUACAACCCAUUCUUUAUUACUUCCAUGGCGUCUAUGAUCGUCUCCAGAUUGAAAAGUUAUGCCGGCGUAUCUACUUUCCUCUGGAUUCAGUCUCGGCUGCCGAAGUGACUCUCCUCAACGGCAUGCUCAGUGUUGUCUUGCGAGAACUUGACAACAUUGAAGAUUCCGAGAUCACCUCUGAGGAAAUAACACGUUACCAACGUAUUUGUGAGAGCCAGUUCCAAACGGGACUCGAGGUAUACGAGGUGAUGGCCAUGCCGACGAGAGAAAACGUCAUGAUCCUGGUUAUAGGGAUGGUGCAUGCUCAGAUCAGGGCUAAGUUGCCUCUGCAAUGGAGCCUGACAUCUACCGCAGCUAGACACUGCCUUGCCCUUGGCUACCACCGCGAACACCGCGUCUCACGACUCCCAUCAGCUGAGGCGUCAUCAGUGAGACGGUUAUUCUGGCACAUCUAUAUAGCCGAUAAAAACCUCUCUUCUCGCCUCGGACGAACCUCAAUCAUCCAAGACCUGGAUGUCGACACUGGUCUGAAUGCUGUUUCUGAUGAGCCCGGAAGGACACCUUGGGACCAGGCCUUUGCCUCGUUUGUCGAAUUUGCCAGGAUUCAAGGGAAGAUAUACGACUCGCUGUAUUCUCCGGCUGCCAAAAAGCAGCAGCCUGAACACCGCGUUGCCGUUGCUAUUGAUCUUGAGUCACAGUUAAGUACGUGGCAUGCCAACUGGACCAAGAUCGACUUCUCUGAAGCCUUUGAUUAUGAGUCGUUUGCAGCUACAUUCGGGCCUGCGGAUAUAAUAUACUACUCUUCUCUUACCCUUAUUCACCGUGGUACGGCUUCGUCAGGGUCUGCUCAAGAUAUUUCCCCGGCGUGCUAUGAGGCUGCGCAUCAGGGGCUCCAGGCUCACCUCAACUACUAUCCUCGCCUGAGCUGUUCGGCAGACCAUGUCUUGUCUAAUUACGCAUUCUGGAUAUUCUAUUACACUUCCUUUACGCCCUUCGUUGUCACUUUCCUCCACUGCAUCGCCCACUCCGACCACGGCGAUCUAACACUUCUUCAGGAAGUCCUUAGUAGUCUGGAGCAAGUUGGGAGUGCCCUCGAUUAUGCCGAGAAGCAACUCUUUCUCUGCAAAGCUCUCUUUCGAAUCGCCGAGGCUUUCUUGAACAGCCACACAACCACGCAAAACAACCAUACUGUCACCGGGAGCACUGCUACCUUUUGCAUACCAUUACAAAACCCCUUUUCUGAUGAGUGGGCUGGGUUGGAUAGGUUCUUGGAGGGGACUGAGGAUUGGGAUAUGACUACUAUUGAUCCGGCAUCAUUUCUUCUGGAUGAUGCGAUGUAA